AUGGCAAAAAGUGCAUCUUUAGUGGUUAUUUUGCUGAUUUGCUUGGGUAAGUGAUACAAUUUUUGAGAAUUGGUUGAAACUUUGUAAAAAUUGAGGUUACAGUUUUCUAAGGUAAGGCACAUAUAAAAGACUACCUCGCGUUUUGUAAUCCCAUAGAAAUUUUGAGCUUGAAACUUCGAAAUCCCUCAAAACACGGGCUAAAGUCUCGGAUUUGUAAGAUUCCAGUCGAAAAAUAGAAUACUGAAAGUAACUUUGAGACGAAAUUUGAGCCAAGUUUCAUCAAAAUCCGUUGUAAACGAUGCAAUCAAAUCUCAUUGUAGUCGUUCCAACCAUGUCGCAAAUAUGGACUUCAUUCAAUAUUCGUCCAUUCAGCAUUGGCAAGAAACCAAAUGGGAAAUGGGGAAUAAUCCCAGGGCAGCCAAUGGACCCGAUGAUGAACGGUGGAAUGGGAUCCUAUGGAAUGGGCGGUGGAAUGUAUGGAAUGGGAGGUUAUGGAGGGGGUUAUAUGGAUCCCUACAGUGGUGGAGGCAUGCCCAUGGGGUAUAAGAAAUAA